CACCAUGCGGGCGACGGCAGCGGCAGCGGCAGCGGCGGUGGCGGCGGCGGCGUGUCUGCUGGUGGUAGCCCGGGCGAGCGACGAGAGAGAAUAUUUCUUUUACAUUGAAGAAAUGGAUAGCACAACUGCAGGAGAUUAUGUAAAGAUUCCAGAGAUGGAUGUGGUGAAGUUAAGUAAAGAGUGUUCCUACUUAGAUGGAUCUCUCAUUAUACAGAAGGAUCUACCAGACAACACAAUGAUUGAGAUCUCUCCAGAGAAGCUUGUAAGCAAUUCAUGGAAUGCAUUGGCACCUACUGGUCCUAUGAAACUGUGUGAGUAUAUGGAGCAACAGAAGUCAAAGAUGGAGAUGAUCUGGCGUGCCAGCAAUUUUACUAGGGAGUGUCCUGUUCUCAAGAAUGAUGUUAUUCUCAAUCAAUUCACUGUAAUGGAAACUGUUUUCCCAAAGAAACUUGAUGGAGAUGAAUGGAGAGUAGUUAUAGUCCUUACAAUUGGCACUAAAGAAAUACUAAGUCUUAAAAUCCAUGUUAUUAAGCUUCCAAUUGAAAAGAAAAAAAAGUGUGAAGAGUUGGAGGAUGAGGAUGAAGAGGAGGAGGAGGACGACGAAUAACAUUACUAUACUGAACAAAGAUACACAGUGUACAUUGUAUUGAAAAUAAAACCAUAAUUAUUAAUGUUUUAUCAUCAUUAUUUUAAUUAAGAUUACUAAUAUUCUAUUAAUUGAACUAAUUGCUUCUCUUUUGUAUUUCACCAUUUAUGGGUUCAGAAUGUGGCAAAUUCCAUACGAGAAAAGCAAGUGCUUUUGUUCAAAGGUAUUCAUGGGGCUCAAUGAUGUAACAGUUGUUACCAAUGACACUUAAGCAAAUGAUGCAACUUGUUUUUAGGCAAAUGGAAAAAUUAUACACAUAAUUGU